AUGAAGCCACUUCCGCCCUAUUCCCAGAUGGCGCCGACGGAAGGGGCCGGGUACGGGCCGCUGCCCAUGGCUGCCUCAAGGCUGGAGCUGAAUCUGGUGAGACUGCUGUGCCGCUGCGAAGCAAUGGCAGCUGAGAAGCGGGACCCAGAAGAGUGGCGGCUGGAGAAGUACGUGGGGGCCCUGGAGGACAUGCUGCAGGCGCUGAAGACCCAGGCCAGGCACCUGCAGACGCGCGCGCGCUACGCUGGCGAGAUGAGGCAGGAGCUGCUGGGCGCGGACUCUGCUGGAGAGUGCCAGCCUGAGGCAAGAAAGCGAAGUGGGGUGGCUGGACCCAGGCCCACAGACAAGAAGCAGUCAGCGGCCGAGCUAGACCUCGUCCUACGGCAACAGCAGGACCUGCAGGAGCAGCUGGCAGAGGAGAUGCUGGGCCUUGCCCGGAGCCUCAAGACCAACACGCUGGCUGCUCAGAGUGUCAUCAAGAAGGACAACCAGAACCUGUCGCACUCACUCAAGAUGGCCGACCAGAACCUGGAGAAGCUGAAGGCGGAGUCAGAGCGGCUGGAGCAGCACACGCAGAAGUCGGUCAACUGGCUGCUGUGGGCCAUGCUGGUCGUGGUCUGCGCCCUCUUCAUCAGCAUGAUCCUCUUCAUCCGCAUCGUGCCCAGACUCAAGUAGUGGGGCAGUGGCAGGCACCCACUCCACCCCGAGCACUGGCCGCACAGCCAGGCUGCAGGGGGUCCCAGCAACUCAGAGGCUGAGGCAGGAGGGUCAGGGCCAGUCUGGGCACCACAGGGAAUCCCCAGUGCAGAAGCAUAGGAUCGAAAAGCAAAAUAAAAGGUGUAUUUUGGCUGUGAA